UCGUUUAUUUUAUUACAUUGGACCCGGUGCGGAACCGGAAGUGAAGCUAAGUUACUGGGAGAAGUGACAAAGCUGAAAAACGUGAAAAUGAGCUCUAUUGGAACAGGGUAUGAUCUCAGUGCAGCCCAGUUCUCUCCAGAUGGGAGAGUAUUCCAGGUAGAAUAUGCAUUGAAAGCAGUGGAAAACAGUGGAACUGCAGUGGGAGUAAGAGGAAGGGAUGGAGUUGUGUUCGGUGUUGAAAAACUUGUCACAUCCAAGCUGUACGAAGCUGGGGCUAACAAAAGGAUUUUCAAUGUAGACCAACAUAUAGGAGUGGCUGUAGCUGGAUUGUUAGCAGAUGCCCGACAGGUAGUGGAGACGGCCAGAGAGGAGUGUUCUAACUACAGAUAUAACUAUGGCUGUCCCAUUCCACUUAAACACAUGACAGACAGGGUAUCACUGUAUGUACAUGCACACACCCUAACCAGUAGUGUACGACCAUUUGGAGUCAGUGCUAUAGUUGGGUCAUACGGAGAAGACGGACCACAGAUGUAUAUGAUCGACCCAUCAGGAGUGUCCUGGGGAUAUCAUGGUUGUGCCACAGGCAAAGCAAAGCAGGCAGCAAAGACAGAAAUUGAAAAAUUAAAGAUGAGAGAUAUGCCAAUACGAGAUCUGGUGAAGGAAGUAGCAAAAAUUAUUUAUAUUGUCCAUGAUGAAGUGAAAGACAAGAACUUUGAAUUGGAGCUAAGUUGGGUUGGAGAAGUCACUGGAGGUAAACACGAGAGAGUUCCAGAGAAUGUUUUCACUGAAGCAGAAAAAUAUGCAAAGGAGGCGCUCGAGGAGUCCGACGAAUCAGACGAGGAUCUUUGAUAACCAGUGUUUAUAUAGGAGAUCGGACAGGGAUCUUUUAUAGUGCUUGCACAGCUAAAAGUGACGUGAACUUCUCUGUGACUACAUGUUAAAAUGUGAUACUGUCCCAUAGGAAAUCUUACCAUUACAAGGAACGAACAAGAAUGGGAUUGCCUGAAGACUGAAUGUUUGAAAAUGCGAUUUCCUCACACUGUAGUGCUCAUUGUUUUAUGAAUGUCUUAUACACAAGAUAAGACUCAUUCUCACCUUUGUCAUUUAAUAAUGUCUUCAUCAUUAAAUAAACUACUAGUACUUUUGAACAGAA